CUUAAAACUUAAUCCUGACACCAUCCAUGUGGGCUCUUAUCUUCUGGGUCCUGAGCCUCCCCCAGGACAGCGGAGCCCGAUCACACUCUCUGCACUAUUCUUACUCAGCCAUGACUGAGCCGGGCCCAGGAGUCCCUGCAUUUUUUGCCAGUGGCUUUGUAGAUAACCAGCCCUUCAUCCACUACGACAGCAGGAACAUGAAGGCAGAGCCUUGUGCUGACUGGCUGAGGGAAAAUCCAGAUUACUUUACUCACGAGACCCAGGUUUUCACCAAUCGGAUGAAGAUUUUCCAGUUGAGCCUGAGAAACAUUCAGCAAUACUACAACUACUCGGGUGCCCGGAGUCAGAGAGCAGACGGCUCCCACCAGCAAGCAGGCCCUCACACCCUCCAGUUCACAUAUGGCUGUGAGAUGCAGGACAACAAGACCUCAGGGCACUGGCAGUAUGGCUACGACGGCAGGGAUUACCUGACCUUAGACUUGGACUCCAUGCAGUAUAUAGCAGCCACCUUCAUUGCUGGCUACACCAAGCGCAAGUGGGAAAACGAUGAGUACUCCCUGGAGAGAGAGAAGACCUACUUGGAGAAGGAGUGCAUCCUAUGGCUGCAGAAAUACUUAACCAUGGGAGGAGAGAACUUUACCCGAACUGACCCUCCGCAGACAAUAGUGACCUAUCGCUUCAGACCUGAAAGUGAUGUCACCCUGAGGUGCUGGGCCAUGGGCUUCUACCCUGCUGACAUCACCCUGACCUGGCAGUUGAAUGGGGAGGACCUGACCCAGGACAUGGAGCUUGUGGAAACCAGGCCUUCAGGGGAUGGAACCUUCCAGAAGUGGGCAUCUGUGGUGGUGCCUCUUGGGAAGGAGCAGAAUUACGCAUGCCAUGUGCAACAUGAGGGGCUGCCUGAGCCCCUUACCCUGAGAUGGAAGCCUCCUCCAUCCACUGACUCUAACAUGGUGAUCAUUGCUGUUCUGGUUGUCCUUGGAGCUGUGGCCAUCAUGGGAGCUAUGGUGGCUUUUGUGAUGAAGAGGAGGAGAAACACAGGUGGAACAGGAGGAAACUAUACUCCAGCUCCAGCCUGAAGACAGCUGCCUGGAGUGGACUGAGUGACAGACAGUGUGUUCAGGUCUCUCCUGUGACGUCCAGAGCCCUCAGGUUUCUUUAGACAACACUGUCUGAUGUUCCCUGUGAUCUUAUGGGCUCAAUGUGAAGAACUGUGGAGCCCAGCCUGCCAUGCACACCAGGACCCUGUCCCUGCACUGCCUGUGUUCCCUUCCACAGCCAACCUUCAGGUUCAGCCAAACACUGGGGGACAUCUGCAUCCUGUCAGCUCCAUGCUGCCCUGAGCUGCAGCUCCUCACUUCCACACUGAGAGUAACCAUAAAAGUCCACCCGGGACUGAUCUCCAGUGAGUCCCUGAGCUAGUGGCUUCCAGUCCCGGCUUGAGACCCUGUCCUCCUCCAUCAAAGCUAACAGCUGAGCUUGUUCUCUCCAAUCUGAACCUCUUCUCUCUCGAAAAUGCUGGCUUCCCUGCCUCUACUGUAACACUAGCACUUCUAUGUCACUGGUUCUUCUCAGCUGCCCCAUGUCCUCACUCUCUUUACGUCCCAUCUGCAAGUCCCAGUUCCCAUAGAAAGUACCAGUGUGCUGGGUAAUUUUAUGUCAGCUUGACACAGGCUGGAUCCAUCUAACAGGAGGGAGAAAAGGCCUCCACUCCUUCAGACUGCCUGCCUGAAGGGCUUUUUACUAAUUACUGAUUGAUGGGAAGGUCCCGCCCAUUGUGGGUGGGGCCACCCCGGGCUGGUCCUAAGUUCUGUAAGAAAGCAAGCUGGCUGAGCAAUCUAUGGUGAAAAAGCCAGUAGGCAGCACUCCUCCAUGGUCUCUGUAU